ACCAACCUUUUUUGAAACAAUUUGCGGGAAAAAUAAGAAACACAAGCUUUAAUCAAACACUUUUCUAUUUGAUUAGGUGAUUAUUAUCGGCACAAAUCAUUUUUUUUUUCGUGAGAAAAAAUUAAUAAACGCUAUCAUAUUGGCGUUGCUAUGACGAUCCUGAAUCCAUCAAAACAAACAAAUUUUUUUCGUACGUCAAAUCCGUGUUUGAAAUGUUGUGAAAAAUGUUAUUUUAAGAAUUAAUUAGUGCAAUUUUAUAACUUUCCCAAGUUAUAUAAUGGAUCAAAACCGUCCUGACGUGAACGGGAAUCAUCAACAAAACGUCCAUUUGCACAUGCAUCACGUAUGCGCUUGUCAAAGCCUCUACCCCACCACUUACUACCCUCCGAUCAGUUAUCGCACCCCUUUAAUCCCUUACGCUGCUGCACCUCAAACUGUUGCGCGCCCUUAUCUCCAACAUUAUCAAUACACUCAAUUCAACGUCGGCAGUCAAUACAACAUGCCAAUGACACAAUUAUCAUCCACAUUCACUGGAAGCACCCCUGGUCAUCCAGGGCCGGAUUCAGCCGUCGCCAUCCCUAGCCGCGAUCGACGUGAAAAGGGGGAUUCCCAAGACAGCGUUCCCGAUCCGGAACGAACUCCUCCGGAACCACCCGAGUUUGAAUUUGGUGCUGGUCCUAUCAUUCCCCCAGUAAACGAGCUUUUUUUCAUGAACAACUCGGAGGACUUCCAGAUGAACACUGAUAGUUUUAUUAAGUUUCUGGAACGUAGUUGUUUGACAGCCGAACAAAUUGCGUAUAGAAAUCGCAACAGGCCGUGCUUUCGCAAUAUACAAAAUUUGUGUAUUCGGACAAGAUCGGAGAUACUCAAGCCGCGAACAACUAUUUCAAAUAUACACUCACAGGGGAUCCCCUGGGCCACAAAGGAUUUUAUUUAUGCAUUUGUCAGACUCACCAACUGUUGGCAUAUACUGAAGGGUUAUUGGGAGAAUCGUGAAGGCUCGGCUUUGGGAAAAAUUGAAAAAGAGUUAACUCCGGGUUUUAAAGCUUGUUAUGUAAGAUGGGAAAGAGAAACGGUUGAGUUGGCUACCGAAUUGACAAGGAUUUUUUAUAAUCUAGACGUGAAUCAAAGCAAUCCUAGUCCCACAGUUAACGUACAUACAGCAAACAAUUUGAUCCCUCCUCAGGUGAGUCUUCUAAAAACCGGCGAAACGAAAAAAACUACUGCAAGUAGCGAAAGUGCCACAACUCCAACUUUAACUAAUACAACUUCAAAUUCGAGUAAGAACGUCAGAGGAAUACUUCAUUUACCUUCAACGUUGUCUACAGAGACUGUAGACCAAGGGAAUCAAACGUGCUCUGGUGAUUUUUGUACCAAAUCUGAUGAUAAUGACUCAGACGAGGAAAAUGCAGUUGUUUACAUGAAACCGGGAAGUUAUCGAGUUCCCAAAAAAUACAAAAAUAAAGAAUUAUCAAUCAUCAAUAAAAAUAACAGCCCUCGCGUUAUUGAGUUUCUUGAAACGGCCCAAAAUAUCACAAAAGGACUCGAAGCGGCCAAUGAUAAGUAUUGGGUAAAAGUCAAAACCUCAGCUAAAAAACCUGAACAAGUUAAGUCGGAAAUUGACGAACCGAUGGAGAGUGAGAUGAAUUCGGAAGUGUUUUUCAAUGUACACGAGUGGCUCUCUAAUAGUAAUUUUUCUGAUUAUGGAGACCGAUCAAGCUCUUCAACUUCACCUCCGAAACCGGCUCAGUUUUUUCCCGACCUUUUGGACGAUACUUCUUCCAAUCUUGAAUCAGAUACGAUACCGUCACGGACUUAUCGGAGAAAGCCCGAAACUUUAAGUAUUAUGGUCUAUGAAAUGAAAAGUGGAGGUCUAACUAAAAAAGCUAAGACAAUCCUUGAAAAAAUCCUAUAUGAGUUGAAAGGCACGGAGUUGGCAGGAUUAUUGACCGAAUGCGUGAUGGACGGUCCAAAUUUGGAUAUGGUUCAGAAAAAUCUUAUUAGAGAUUGUUACAGAUAUGUGAACGAGUUUGUGAGAGAUUUGCGUCAUUUGGUGAAUAGUGCCAGUCAACAUUUCAAAAAAUGUGACCAUACGGAGGACAAACUGAAGAUGUUUUCGAAAAAAUUAGAAACUUUGCUUGCUGAAUACUUCCCGAAUUAUGAUUUCGGGUCGAUAAAUGGGCACAGAGGCGAAAAAGUUGGCAAGUUGAAAUUAAAAAAUUGCUUGUUUGACGGUGACGGUGACCAUUUAAAAAAUUGA